AUGACAGAGGCAACCAGCUCAGACGGUGCUGCAGACGAUCGCAAGCAAGCCUUCCAAAUAGAUGAUCUAGUCCAUUUAGAAGACAUGUUUGAAGAACUGGGUCGUGACGAUGGCAUCCAGGACGGCAUCAAGGACGGCCAGCACGAAGGCCGCGUCGCAGGCCUCGAACAAGGAUUUGAAAUGGGUCGUGAAGUUGGAUUUUAUAAAUCUGGUGCAACACUUUGGAUUCAUCUGAUUGAUAGGAGGCCUGAUUCUUAUCCAAAGAGGUUGACAAAAGUACUACAAGGCAUUGUAGAAUUAUGUGAUGCAUUCCCAACUGAGAAUACACCCGAUGCUGAAUGGAAAGAGAUACUGGAACGUAUACGCGCUAGAUGGAGGAUGGCUACUCAGCUGCUGGGGUUGGGUGGUGUUCAACAAUAUGACGAGAGGCUUGCUAGUCGUCCAAGAAUGAACUAUUAA